AUGCCACAGAAAAGGAACAACCAAGUGAAGGAAGACAUCCUCGCCCGGGGGCGCCAGGCGGAGGCGGAUUGCAAGGCAGCGCUUUGCAGCAAGAUGGUGCGAGCAUCAAAUGCCAUCGACAAGCCCUGGCCGAAGUACGUAUCCACUCCAGGAGUCUGGGGCUGGCAGAAGACCGCUGAGAACUACUGCGUGACCUCCCACGCAAAGAUCCUGUACUUCCACACAGACACGCUCUUCGGGGAUCUCGUGGCUGAGGAUGGCACCUUCAACAAGUUGGCCUGCCACUGCAGGUGCGCGCUCAAGAGGACAAGGGCCUUGCACGACUCUUUGGGAUGGGAGGCCCUGGCCUUCUCUUGUGGUUCCGUGUUCCAGGCAGCUCUCGCGUUGGAGAAGGAGAUCGCUUCUCUGGGCGUCGUCCGCCGGCGGCAGCUCAAGCGUAUCAUCCGCUCCGGCCGGGUCACCGUGGACGGAGAGGUCGUGCGCAGCUUAAAAGCGGAGGUGGGUGCAGAGGCGGGGCUGGCCAUCGACGGCAUUGAGCUGGAUCGAGACCCACCUCUACUCCUCAAGUACCACAAGCCAUACGAUGUGAUCUGCUCGAUGGAUGAGAAAGGCCGUCAGGACUUGUCUGACGCGCUGCCUGGCCAACGAGCGCCCUGGGACGACGAGGCCGUGGACGAGGCCCGGCUGAUUCACGGCAGCAAUCGGCAAGUGCAGGAAGUGAAGGACAUCCUGGCGUCAGAAGGUCUGAGGCCGGAAGUGAACAGCAUCUAG